AUGACUAAUGAGAGCCUCCGAGUCCGAGCAUGUGUGUUGAUGCUGCUCAACCCAAUGUCCAGUCUCACUUGUCUGGCCAGCUACCGAAAGCUCUAUCGGACUUACCGCAAGACUUCUCGGCACCCUCGUCCACCGAUCCCUCGGCCUAUCAAUUCUCAACUAAGGUCACUGAUCAAUGCUGGCUUGAAAGACCACCAACUUGACUCGGUCGUGAAUUACCUUGUCUCCAGCAAUCUCCAUCAGGAACUUGUUCGUCGUUAUAAUCCUGCCGAUGAUCUAACCGAACCGGAACGUUUGAAGGCAACUGUGAAUCGGGUUGGUUUAAACAUGCCGAAGACGAUCGACCUCGAAACCCCUCUAUAG